CCAGUCUAGGAAUCGCUCCAGGCGGUGUAGACUUGCCCGGUUGGAGCCCGGACCUCGGUUCCGGCCCUUGCCCAGAGGAGGCCCGAUGAGUCUGAACCCGGAAAGGGUGGAGCCUCUGAGCUCAGACCCGGAAGGGACAGAGACGCUUCCGAGCCUAAACUAGGAAACCGGGUUCCUGGGAUCUUAGGCCGGAUCGUCCACCAAGUGUAUUUCAGUCUAGCGGAGACUGUGCUGCUGGGGCGGGACUGGGAACCUAAUGUAGCCGGGGCGGGGUUCCACCGCGAUCGCCAGGCUAGCGGGAGGCGGAGCGGCGGGGAGCGCUGUGGCCCGGAUGUUCGGGUGCUGCGUUCGGACCGGCUGAUCCCCGGGCUUCUCUGGAGAACCUAGUGUGGCCAAUGGCUGUCGAUAUUCAACCAGCAUGCCUUGGACUCUAUUGUGGGAAGACCCUAUUAUUUAAAAACGGCUCCAGUGAAAUCUAUGGAGAAUGUGGGGUGUGCCCAAGAGGACAGAGGACCAAUGCACAGAAAUACUGUCAGCCUUGCACAGAGUCCCCCGAACUUUAUGACUGGCUCUAUCUUGGAUUUAUGGCGAUGCUUCCUCUUGUUCUACAUUGGUUCUUCAUUGAAUGGUACUCGGGGAAAAAGAGCUCCAGCGCUCUUUUCCAGCACAUCACUGCACUGUUUGAGUGCAGUAUGGCGGCCAUCAUCACCUUGCUCGUGAGUGAUCCGGUGGGCGUCCUUUACAUCCGUUCCUGCCGAGUACUGAUGCUGUCUGAUUGGUACACGAUGCUCUACAACCCGAGUCCAGAUUACGUGACCACAGUGCACUGCACCCAUGAAGCGGUCUACCCGCUGUACACCAUCGUGUUUGUUUAUUACGCAUUCUGCUUGAUGCUGAUGAUGCUUCUCCGGCCCCUGCUGGUGAAGAAGAUCGCCUGUGGACUAGGGAAGUCGGAGCGGUUCAAAAGCAUUUACGCCGCUCUGUACUUCUUUCCCAUUCUGACUGUGCUGCAGGCCGUGGGCGGAGGCCUCUUAUAUUAUGCCUUCCCGUACAUUAUAUUAGUGCUGUCUUUGGUUACUCUGGCUGUGUACAUGUCGGCUUCUGAAAUAGAGAACUGCUAUGAUCUCCUGGUCAGGAAGAAAAGACUCAUUGUUCUCUUCAGCCACUGGCUGCUGCACGCCUACGGGAUUGUCUCCAUCUCCAGAGCGGACAGGCUGGAACACGACCUACCGCUUUUGGCUUUGGUACCAACACCAGCCCUGUUUUACCUGUUCACCGCAAAAUUUACCGAACCAUCGCGGAUACUUUCAGAAGGGGCCAAUGGACACUGAAUAUGUAAUGCCAACAAACAAACAAAACAAACAAACAAAACCCCUAAAAAGUAUUCUUAAUAAAAAAAAUGUAAAGAAGAAAUGAAAAUGUAUUAAUCACAUUCUGUCCUACAUGGGAGCAAGAUUAUCUGGACAUCUUAAUGCUUGUUUUUUAUCCUUUGAUUUAAUGGACCUUGUGAUUAGACUCGGAAGUUGCACAGCAUCAUGGUACUGUGCUAUAUGUAUGUUAUCUGUCACACUGGAAGCCCGGAUAGCCAUGUUUCUGUGCACCUGUGGUAUUGAGUGUCUCCCAGCAUCAAGUAUACUCGGAAGUCCUUUGCUAUGGCGUCCUUACUCCUGCCUGUGAGCUCGGCCUUCGGCUUUCUCCGCUAAGGGAUCACAAAGGCAGGCGCACCCGUGGAGAGCGAGGGCAGCUACAGAAGCAAAGCGUGUUUUUUGUCAAUGUCUAUUUAUUUUCACCAGUACAGUAUUUUAGUAAUAUUGCAAAAAUAAAGCAUAAUUUAUAUAAUGAGCUUUCUGUUCAUAGAGAGGCAAUUUGGUUGUGGACGUGUUCAAAUUAUUGUUCCUGUAAAGAAGAAAACAAUAAAGAGUUUAUCUGUAAAAUAA